AUGCCAUCCAGAUACCAGGUCUUCCUUGAAGGAAGUGGCUGGAAGACGAUGUCUCUGAAGAACAGCCGGCAGACUCAGAGAUCUAGUCCCGUUUGGUGCUACUUGGGAGAGAAGGAGGCAGUGCAGGUCUUUUGGCGUCCACCCCUGACCUCGUCCUCGCAGUUCAGCUUGAAGGAUCUGCAGGCGCCCUGUGGCUUGGCCUGCGGCUUGGUGGCAGUGUGGAAGGCCACCACAGGUGAUGACGCCUCCCCAGCCAUCAUCAAAGUGGCCGGCUGGAUCCCUGGCCGCCUGCUGGAGGCUGCUGGAGCUCCCCCGAACGCUGCUGCUGUGCGCUGUGAGGGUGAUGGCGCUGGGGCGUACCCUGCGAAUGGCAGGGAAGGGCCAAGGGAUGGCUGCAGUGAGCCCCUGGUGUUUCAUGGUCGCGGCGAAGUCAGCUGGAGCGGCCUCCUCUCCGUGGCACCUUCGUCCCGGCUGCGCCUCAACGGUCCCAGCCAGUUCCGCCUGAGCUGCGGCCGGGCGCGGCAGGCGUUGCCCCAUGCGGUGCUGGUGGUGACGGAUGGAGCGGAUGACCACGUGUUCCAAUGGUUCGAAGUUUCUUUCCGUCCAAGAACCAAAUCCGGUUCGAAGGCUGAGUCGCCGUCAGCAACUAUAGAAGUCUGUGGUCCCAGGAAGGAGGGCAUCAAUAGCACCUGGCAGCCGCUGCGUCAGGACCAGGUCUGCGGGCCGGAGCGCUGGCCCUUGGUGGGGCCUCUGGGUGAUGGCUGGGUGACCACCCAGGGGACAAGUUGUGCGGCGCCGAAGGGGUGGAGGAAUGCACCAGAGCGGUUAAGACCAGGUGGUGCUGAUGUAGUGCCUGCCAUGUCUCUGUUGGUGAUCAUGGCAGCCGUGCCUCCAGAGACGGGGGUGGGCAGCAUGACACCCAACUGGACCCUGCUGGCUGCCUUGGACGAAGCGAUCUACCGGCAAAUGGGUCCCAACUACGAGUUGCGCGUGGUGCCCAUUGCAAGUGAGGACCAGCUUUCCAUGCUCCAUCCUAGCCGUGUGACCCCGCUGCUGCAGCCAGCCACGGUCUGUGGGGUGGUCUAUUUCCUCAGCCCUCAGCGCGUCGCGGGAGACUUCCGCACCAAGAAUGAUAUGGUGCAUGAUGCGCCCCUGUUUGGGCUCAUGGAGGCACUGGAAGAAGCUGGGCUGCCCACCGUUUGGCCGCACCCCUCGUAUCUAUACCGCACCUUGGCGGGCAAGGAAUGGCCCUCGCAGCUAUGUUUGUCGCCUCAGUACCACGUGCCCCUCACCGUGCGGGUUUCACGGCAGGCCGUGUUAACCAAAGGCCAGAGGGCGGCGGAGGAAGCGUGUCAAGCCCUGUGCAGAUUGAGGGAAGCCAUGGGCAGACCACUGAAAUCAGCUGGUGUACGUGCUGCGGUUAAGGUGGGCUACUCAUGGCGCUCCUCCGGUGUGCAGCUCUGCCGUGAUGAUGUCAUGGACCUAUCGCGUGCCUUGGCGAAGGCCGCAGCCGCAGGCCAACACGCUUCGUUCAUGGUGCAGGAGUUGAUUGAAGGAGUUCUGUGUGAGGCCAUGGUCUAUGUGAUUCAUGGUGAGGUGGCGGGAUUUCCGCAGUACUACCGCUUCCCAGAGCACCAAGCGCCCCCGCAGUACAUGCCCCGCAAGUCUGCGGCGCAACUUUUGGGCGGCGAAAUGGCGCAGCAGAAGUGUGAGGAGAGGAUGCACAGCAUAGUGCAGCAGUGGAUCUUGUGGGCCCAGUGCAUGUCGGCCAGCCCCAUUCCCUUUCUGCGCAUUGAUUUUCUCUUGGCCCAGGGGAAGGAGGGGAAGGAGGUGCAGGUCUGGACUGGGGAGGUCAGUGAGUUGGGCGUGGCAGUGGAGCUUCAGGGGAUGAAUUCCCAUGAGAGCAGGGACUUGGUGAUGCAUGCGGUGGUCACCUCGCUGUUAAAGGGAUGA